CUCUCCCUGCCCUUCGUUUGAUCCUCCCUUGCCGUACCUUGACCAUUCACCUCACCUUCCUUUCCUCUUCUCUUCACUUCACUUUUCCGCGACAUUCGCGCCCUUUGGUUGUCGGCCUCCAGCACGACGCCCGCCCGCACUCAAUCUAUCUACCCGCGACACUGACUGAAGCUACGCGCGUCUCGGAAAGUAAAAAAGCCGAUCUGCGCAUGGGAAUCCCACCCUCAGCCUGACGACCCUUCUCGUUUCUUAAUACUUACCCCUUCCCUGCCCAUCCCAUCAUGGCCACCAAGCCAGGUCAGACCAAGCUGCAGCAGCACAAGAGCAAUGGCAACCUGCGCGCCGCCAAUGGCAAGAUCACCAAGCAGCAGAAGGACUUCGUCCAGUCGAGUCCGAACAAGCCACCGCACCCUCGAUACGAUUACACCUCGCCCGGCGUGACCGAUAACAACAUUUUCCAUCUCAAGAGCAGCGACUGGGAAGUCUUGGGCGUCGUUACACUCGUCGCAUUGUUCGUGCGGUUGUUCAGGAUAUACCAACCAUCAAGCGUCGUCUUCGAUGAAGUGCACUUUGGAGGAUUCGCAACCAAGUACAUCAAGGGAAAGUUCUUCAUGGACGUCCAUCCCCCUCUUGCCAAGCUGCUGAUUACGCUCGCGGGCUGGCUGGCUGGUUUCGAUGGCAGCUUCGACUUCAAGGAUAUCGGCAAGGACUACCUCGAGUCCAACGUGCCCUAUGUGGCCAUGAGGAUGCUCCCAGCUUUGCUUGGUGUUUUGGCGGUCCCGACAAUGUUCUUGACUCUCAAAGCCGCCGGGUGCAAGACUACGACUGCUGCGCUGGGCGCGGGUCUGCUCACUUUUGAAAACGGUUUCGUCACCCAAUCGAGGCUGAUCCUCCUCGACUCUCCCCUUGUCAUCUUCACUGCACUUACCGGGUUGUCGUGGAUCUCAUUCAACAACCAGCACGAGCUCGGCCCUCGCAAGGCUUUCCAGCCUAGCUGGUGGUUCUGGCUGGCUGCGACUGGCGUCUGCUUGGGCGCGACCGCCAGCGUCAAGUGGGUUGGUCUCUUCACCAUUGCCUGGGUUGGCUCACUCACCGCACUGCAACUGUGGGUCCUCCUCGGCGAUACCAAGAAUGUUACACCCCGAAUCUGGUUCAAGCACUUCUUUGCACGCGUCUUCUGUUUGAUUAUCAUUCCAGUCGCUUUCUACAUGGCCAUGUUCGCCAUUCACUUUGUCUGCCUCGUCAAUCCAGGCGAUGGAGAUGGUUUCAUGAGCAGCGAGUUCCAGUCUACGCUCAACUCCAAGGGCAUGGCCGAUGUGCCUGCUGACGUCGCAUUUGGCUCUCGCAUCAGUAUUCGCCAUCACAACACCCAGGGAGGUUACCUGCAUUCGCAUCCACACAUGUACCCAGGCGGCAGUAAACAGCAACAGAUUACACUCUAUCCACACAAGGAUGAAAAUAAUGUCUUCCUCGUCGAAAACGCGACACAGCCCAUCGACUGGGCCUCGGAUCCAACUGGUAACACGACCAUUCCUGGCCCAGCCGCUUGGGAUGACAGAGAGGUGUCCUACGUCAAGGAUGGCAGUGUUCUUAAGCUCUACCACAUCACCACCGGUCGUCGCGUGCACUCUCACGAUGUCCGCCCCCCUGUCACUGAAGCUGAUUGGCAGAACGAAGUCUCCGCGUACGGUUACGAAGGCUUUGAGGGCGAUGCCAACGAUCUUUUCCGUGUCGAAAUUGUGAAGCCAAUGUCUGACGGCAAGGAGGCUAAGGACCGCCUGAGAACCAUUGAGACAAAGUUCAAGCUCGUGCAUAUCAUGACUGGCUGUGUGCUCUUCUCGCACAAGGUGAAACUGCCAGAUUGGGGUUUCGAGCAACAAGAAGUUACGUGUGCCAAACAGGGCACCCUGCCAAACUCAAUCUGGUACAUCGAGUCUAAUCAGCACCCGCAACUCAGGGAGGAUGCCGAAAAGGUCAACUACCGCAACCCGGGCUUCUUUGGCAAGUUCUGGGAACUGCAAAAGGUGAUGUGGACCACCAACGCAGGGCUCGUCGAGUCACACGCCUGGGAUUCUCGCCCUCCUUCAUGGCCAAUUCUCAAGCGUGGCAUCAACUUCUGGGGCAAGGAUCAUCGCCAGAUUUACCUCAUCGGCAACCCUUUGAUCUGGUGGGCCAGCACCGCAGCCAUCGCCGUCUACGUUGCCUUCAAGGGUUUGUCUCUCAUCAGAUGGCAACGAAGCUGCAACGACUACCAGAACCUGACCUUCCGCCGCUUCGACUACGAGAUCGGUACCGUCGUUCUUGGUUGGGCUUUCCACUACUUCCCUUUCUUCCUGAUGCAGCGUCAGCUCUUCUUGCACCAUUACUUCCCCGCUCUAUACUUUGCUAUCAUUGUGCUGGCACAGAUCUUCGACUACAACUUCAGCCGUAUCAGCAUUGGCUCCUUCACUCUCAGGAACAAGCCCAUAGUUGGCAUGGGCGCUGCCGCAGUAUUCUUGGCGCUUUCUAUUGUCGUCUUUGGACUCUAUGCUCCGCUCACAUACGGCAACCAGUGGACUAAGAAAGAAUGCGCACGCGUCAAGCUCUUUGAUAAGUGGGACUGGGACUGCAACACUUUCUACGAUUCCUACGCCGACUACUCGCUCGCAGUUCCGUCAGCUUCAGGAGCGGCUCCAACCACCCAAGCAAUCCACGGGCCAGCACCUCCGGUCGCAGACGAUCCACAAAAGGAUGUUCACGUUACUCCUCUAGCACCAGGGCAGCCACUACAAGAAGGACACAUCGAAGAGAAGAUUGAGUACCGCGAUGAGGAAGGAAAUCUUCUCAAUGAUGAGCAAGUCGCGGCCCUGGAAGGCAAGGUCUCUUUCUCUACAAGAUACGAGACGAGGACGAGACUGGUGGAUGAGUAUGGUAAUGAAGUCCACGACGGGCUUGUGGAGGCUCGUGAUGGCGAAGCUCCCGUCAAGCCUCAAGGUGUCGAUCCGGCGACAGGAAGAGAGGCGGGAAGUCCCGAGAUUAGUACUGUGGAUGUCGAGGAUGAUUUGAGGAAGGAGAAGAGUAUCCUGGAUGCGGAGACUACAGCUGAGCCGGAAGCGGAAAAUCCGGAGAUCAAGACCAAGGAUGAGCUUUGAGUUCCUUGACUGUGCUUUGUGUUCCUUUGGGGACGAUUUGGCGCACAGUGGAAAUGGGGAGGAAAUGUUGUACUACUAUACCAUUACGUUUUGUGUGUGUCUCUCUUGUUGUCUUACCAAAGCAAGGAGAUGGCGACAGGGGAGGGGUGUAUUUCACGUCUGCAUGCAUUCAUGUAUGAGGCAGUUGGAGGCGAUGGUCGCCAGGAAGAAGUACUAUGACAACAAAUGACAACAAACAGUCCGAUCACAAUCAAAAUGGC